AUGGAGUGCUGCUGGUUACCCAUCGAGCUCUGUGAAGCUGUAAUGGACGCUCUCCAGGACUACUACGAGCCUCUAGGGCGCCCGGGUGUGUUGCUGGAGUCCAAGAGAACCUGGGAGUCGCAACAAGCCCUGUGCGCGUGCAGUCUCACCUGUCGCGCAUGGCAUGUCCGGGCACAGCAUCUCCUCUGGACACUCCCUCAUGUCCUCGAUAGCCACCACCUCGCGCAAUUCACCUCGGCUGUUCGGAACCUUUCAAACACUAGCACUGCUGGGCUUGUGCUAGGGGACCAGCGUGCCUACGCCAUCAAAACGUUCGACCCUAGCAUGGUGAGCUCGCUCUUCAUGCACUCCUUCCAGCACCUGCGGCACUUGCUGUUCUACGGCUUCCUCUUUCACCGCGGGCCCCCUCUCGCAAUACUCCGCAUGCGCCUGCCGUUCUUCGCCAGCAUAACCGUUCUGCAACUGUUGGACUGUGCCUUCCAGUCCUUGAGGGCGCUGCUGGACGUGGUGUGGGCCUGCCCGAGUCUCAUUACACUCGCCAUAUCGCGCACUGGGAUCAAGUCGAAGCGCAUAUCGGCCGGAGGGCUCCGGCUGCUGUCCGCCACGGUAGAGAAUUUGCGGGCGUGCCGGAAGCUUACGAGCCUCUAUCUGGACGCGUUCACCGUACAGGGAGUCUGGGAUCGCGCUUGUGCCGGACUCUGUGGUGGAGGCAGCGUGUUCGGGUGUGCUGUAACGGCGCUGCACUUCGAUACUGAUAAUAUCUCGGACCCGGAGGUGCUCGGUAUCGUGUUAUGGGACUCGUUCCCCGCUCUGUGCUUGGUCACGGUCGUCUCCCGUGUCGACCCGGUGUUCGGGAAGAGCAGCAGCCGGGUGCUGUCUGUGCUCCACGCCAUAGCCAGAGGCCGGCCAAUACCCGGCAUUCUGAGGACGAUCGUCCUCGAGCGCGACCACGAAUGGCGGAAUAGCGACUGCUGCGAGGAGAUCGUGGGCGCGAGCGAGGAGGUGCCCGAGUCCGAGCAGCGCCUUCCGGCGCUCUUGGCUGGGCUGGUGGAGCUCACCGUUCGUCUCGACACGUGCAAGGACCCGGAAACGCAUGCGGCGUAUGUCUGGUCUGUCCUUCCCGGGAUGCGUAACGUCCUACGGUUUGAGUACCGCUUAAAUUGGGACGACGACUGGACACCGUACAUGCUCCCCGUUACGGAGUAG